UCGGUUAAGGAUGUCGUACCUGAUUUUUAUGAUCCUUAUGCUACACUGCUUUGCCAUUUCAAAUCUAACUGCUCCUGAACGUCGGAUAGUGGAGGGUUAUAAAGUUGGAAUUCAUCUCUACCCCCACUCUGUGUUUCUGCAUUUCCAGAAAGACAUUCCAACAGCCUGUGGUGCAACCCUCAUAACGGAUCAAUCCAUAAUCACCUCAGCGAACUGUCUAUAUGAAGUGAACAUACGGAACGGUAAAAUAACAGCUUAUUUUGGUGCCUCUGUUCCAAUAAACGCAAAUGUCAAAAGACAGGUAGAGCUGUUUAGUAUUCAUAGACGGUUCAAUGCUGAAACGGGAAAGUUCAAUUUGGGGAUAGCAUAUCUUAAUAAAGCCGUGCCUCUGAAAAAUGAAAUUCAAAAAAUACCGAUAAGUAUAAAGCUUCCAAAAACUAAUGAGGCUUUACAUACUACUGGAUGGGGUAAAGAUGUUCCAGGCAAGUUACCAGAUUAUAGUGAUCUGCGACAUUUAAAAGCUACUAAACAGAGGACCAUAUCUCCGAGGCAGUGUCAGAACAUUACUAAAAGUAGAAUGACUCCUGCAUUUUGGUGCACAAUAUCUAUCAAUGGACAUCAUUACCAUGGUGACGACGGCAAUGGCCUAGUGAAUUCUGAAAACCAACUAAUAGGAGUCGUUUCUUUUAUGGUCAAUGACAUCACAGUAUACUCGGACGUUAUGCGAGAACAACUGUGGAUUUACACCACAGUUAUGGAUCUGCUUAAAAAAAUGUGUACAAAAAGGAAGAUGUUGUACUAAACUUGAAGUCUAGGUAUACAUGAAACCAAGGAAAUGUAUAUUAAUGUAUAGGGUGGUUAUAAUUGAUACGUAUAUUCUUAAUCACUAUGACCUAAAUUCUUUUGCUAUGUAGGGGUGGUUUUCCAAGGUAUAGUUCAUUUGAAUAAAAUUUAACAGUUUUGGUAAACAAACGUGACCAGCUGAUAUUGACAGAGACUUGUCUAUGCCCCUAGAUACUAAUCUUAGUUGUUAUAUUAAAGUAUUUAUAUAAAAAAUACUUUGUUAUUAUAAUAAAUACUAAUAUUAUAAAUACGUAUAUAUAUAUAUAUAUAUAUAUAUAUAUAAUUUAUUAGUGAGCUUUUUUUAAUGUGUUUAGAAAUGCAGAACGAGUGGCUACAAAUAGUAUAUUUUUGCUUCCCAAUAGCCCUAGCUCAGCAGCACUGCAAGAAUUUUAUCUCAAUGCUUUCCAACUGACUCUCCCAGAUCAGAGUAAUUUAGUAAGAAGGGGUAAAGUAACUGAUUUUCGUCACAGCCUGUAGAAUAAACUAUAGUGAUUGGUAUAAUCAGACCUUUUUAAUAUUUGUGAGUGGGUUAAAGAUCAAAUAAUAAUGAUUAUAAAUAUCUUUUAAAUAUAAAAGAAAGUCGUGUUAGUUACACUAUUUAUAACUCAAGAUCGGCUUUACGGGUAAUGCUGAAACUUGGUGGGAGAUAGUUUAGAACCAGGUAAAGGAUAUAGAAUACUUUUCAUACGAUCGAAAAAAAAUUAUAAAUUGAAAAAAAUCCAAAAUCUUCUUAUUGACUGCCUUAAGGAGGAACAGAGUUCGACCGGUCAGCUAUACAUUUCUAAUUUUGAAAGUAACGCAGACGAAGUCGCGGACAAAAACUAGUUCAUUAUAUAUUUAUCAUGUACAACACUCACUUUUCAAAGAUAAAUAGACUUUGAUGAGUAAAACAUGAUCGUGUCAAUUUGACAAACGCAAUAAAUUUUCGUGUUCAAAAUUAUUUUAUAAAAUAAACAUUUCUACACAGUUUUUUGAUGAUGAAGAGAUUGUUAAAAACAGUGGUAGGUUUAUUGAGAUGUAAUUAUUAUCAGGACUGUCAUUCAACUGUACGUGAGACCGUUCUUACGUACAAUUGAUUGAAAGUAAUCGUGGUCAGUUGCCUUGUUUACAAGAUUGCCAAAUUCUAUUUAAAUGAACUAUAAAUAUAUAUAUAUUUCUUCGACGUUACAUUGUAAGUUAUUCUAUUCGUGAUUUGUUUACUUAAAAUGUAAUUUCCCUAGUAAACGGGACAUUGAUAAUAUUAUAGUAUUAUACAUUAAUUUAAAAAGAACCAAGUUAAGAGUUUAGAGUAUAUUAAUGUCUAAUAUCUUUAUUAUAAAAUAUACCUUUAAAGAGGGUUUAUACUGUCCCUUUGAAUUGUUUGAAAAGUAAUAAUUCUUAUUGCAGCUUGUAGAAAUUGAUUGCUCAUUAUUUUUUAUUGCAUUGUUUCAUAAAUCUCUUAGAGGCGAGCAAGUAACUUACUAUUUGUUAAACCUAUUUGGAAAUGUCUAAUACCUAUUUUUGCAAAAGGAAUAUUUUUAAUAGAUUACUUUGACACACGUUAUUACGAUCCAUCUGACAUUUGACAUUGGUUUCACUUAUGACGUGUUAUUUAAAGGUGUUAAGGUCAUAAGAACAAACAGAAAAUUUAUUGAGAAAUCCAACAAUAGCAAUCCAAACAAUUACUCUUCCGGUGAAACUGUAAAAGCCGCAGGGCUAACAGCAAUACACAUUUAAAAAAGAAUCCCAACGAUAUGAUUUGCCUCUUUAGACUGAAGGCAAUAAACAAAAAAAACAAUCCACUGAAGACAAUAGUUCAAUCUAUCAAUCGGACUCGUUUUUAUUUGGUCUGCUUCAAUUUGACCCGUAAAUAUGAUUCUCAUUUCUCAGAAUACAGACUUCAUACAAAUUUUUGAUUGCUAUGAAAUUUUACUCAGUAUGUUCUUAUAUUGUUUUGGGUACUUCUUAAGUGGUCAUGGGAAGAAUUUUCAGCUGAAAAAAAUUACAUGAGCGUUUUGAUUGGUGAUAUAAUAAUUAAUACAGUAGGCGGUAAACACAAACUGAACUCAAACUCUAUGAACAUUAGUAUAUAUUUGCUUAACAAUCACACACUAACAUACAGCACCGUGGAAGGCAGUAAAAAACGUGAAAAUAAAAUCUUAGAGAUAACGCUAAUUACAAACACUGAAAAACUUUAAACUUGUAAAUGUUUAUCUUGUGUUGUAAGAAUUUAUUGAGUUUGAAGGGAGGCUUGCGGAAUAGUAAUGAGCCGAUAAGAGUCUGCGGGCGGCUUCCGCUACACGACCUCGUAACUCGCAAGUUAAAAUAAUAUUUAAACUGCUCCCGUGUUUAAUCAUAUUCUUUUUACAGCAAAAAUCCUAACUCUCAACGUGAUAUUUUCUCACUCGUGCAGCUAUUAAGUGGAACACGAGACUUUCCCAUUUGUGCGAAUCAAUUUAUCGAUUGCACGUGUUAUCGAUUAGCUUGUAUCGAUAAGGUACCUAUUAAGUAUUACCCGCUAACUGAACGCGGAUAGCUGCUUGUCUGCCGUCAAUCGUGGUCGAUGGAAUCUCUUGCUGCCCGUGCAAGUUGUUUGCUUAGAAUCUAAACAUAUAAAUGAAGUUAAAGUGUCUGUCGGAAUAAAAUUUAUACAUUCAGUGCAUAUGACUUGUGGUACUUAGAACUGAAAUACAAUUUAAAAUUUAUUAUCUGCCCGUUCCUUCCGCAAUACGUCCGAAACGGCCGGACAAAUCUUGACUGUGCUAUUAUUUGUUAAAUAACACAUCACUGAAAAAGAUUGCAUGCAAUAAACUGGCUUAU